AUGGUCCGAGGCUCCGAUAUCAUCUUGAUUCUCGUCGCUAUCAUCUUCCCUCCUCUCGCAGCGGCGAUGAUCACCGGAUGUUCGUGCGACUUGUUAAUCAAUAUCUGCUUGACACUGUUAGGCUACUUACCAGGUCACUUGCAUGCUUUCUGGUUGAUCUACAAAAAGAUCAAAGCUGAGGAAUCAUUCGGCCCCGGCGGAUACACAUACUUGGGUAAUGGAAACUUCGUUGGAAAUGGACCUGCUUACACUGGAGCACCCCCUCCUCCACCUCAUGGUCACCAACAACAGUACUACGGAUCUACCCAAUAA